AUGAGUAAACAAGUGAUCCGAACAGUAGGUCCAUCUGGAAGACGUCGUGGCAGACCACCGCUUCGGUUGAGCCUGCCGAGAGUGAACGUUGUGGACAAUGGACCACGGUACUCAUUGAGGAACAUGAACAGACCAUCAUUCCAUACAGAUGAAUUCGGAAGAACCAAAAUCAAGUACGAAGUUGAAUCGCGUGAGGAGGCGACUGGGCGAGAUAACUUCAGAUUCUCAUUGCCUUCAUUUUACGCUGAAUUGGCGUUCGGUGGGCAUUGUGAUAGAGCAUCACUUCGCACUGGUAGACUGAAAAGGUUAACUGUCAAACGAGAGUUGAGAUCGAAACAAAAUACAUCGCAAGAAGUUGUCAACGGUCGAUCGGCGUUGCGAAAUGCGCACACCAGAUCAACGCUUCGACGUCGAGGUUUCGGUAGAGAACCGUGCCAAAGCGGAAUAGGGAGGGCAACAUUGAAGCAUGAAAUUGAUGCCGAGAAAGAAAUAACUCAUGAGCACGAAAGCGGAUUAGCAGUAUCUGGAGGCACAUCACUUGAGCAAAAUUGCGCCGCAGACCUUGAUAAUCAACCGCGUUCUGGAGCCGCCGAACUCGAACACUCAUCAGCCAAUCAAGAAGCCGAUUUCGGUGAGAAGGCGAGGACGUUAACGGAGGAUGAUACCGCAGGAUUAGGCGAAGCCCGGUGUGCAAUCUCGCAUCCAUCUAUGCGCGCCGUCGGACCGCCACUCGAAGUGAAAAAGUUUAUGAAACCGGUUGAAAUUUGUGAACAUAACGUGAAGAAUGUAGAGGAAAAGGACUCUCCGGAAUAUGAGCGUAGAUCGAGACGUAAUGGUACAAUUCGAAUGAGUCGAUUAAAGAAACCAGUUAGAAGUCUGUGGCAACGGAUGAAUUGCAGAACGGUGGACGUGAAGUUAUCACCCACUGAGGAUGCGACACGCAGUACAAGUGCAUCAUUGAAGCGUGCAUUUUGUUUCGUCGAAGAAAAAGCAGAGGACUGGAAGCAUAUUUUCAAUGAAAAUGUCAUGACGAAGAAAAACAGUGGAAUGCUUUUAAUUGGUUCGGACAGGCCGUCACAACAUCGAAAAACAACCCUAGCCAUAUGCACCUAUAACUGCAGGUCAUUGGCAGGGAGGACCGGACUGACCCACUUGAUGAAGGAAUUGAAGAAAAUUAAAUGCGACGUUCUCGGGCUCUGUGAAACACGUCGAAAAGAAGAACUCAACGCAAGAUGGAACGAUGGGAGCGCCGUGAGAUUGGGCAAAGGAGACGGUACUGGAACAGUCGGA